CAGCUACAAUUGAUUACUCCGAUUUCCAGCGGGCAGUUCAAUAAGGUUAACAAGCUGAAAUUUAAGUUGUCUCCAGCUGAAGUUGUGUUGUUUACUUUGAAACACAAAGACAGGGAUUAUAAUACAAGUGAACAGAGUUUUAUUUGUUAUUGGAACUGGUUCCAACUCUAUUGUAAAAGAACUUCCGGUCUGACGAGGGAACGCAUAAUUAUAAUCCCAAAGCGUUGCAUCAACAUCUGGUCGGGCUUGGCGUUAUCAAGGCUUAUUGACUUAACAUUGAAUCAGCUAGCUCGGCAUUUAAGACCGCUUACAUAAUCACCAAUCAAGUUUUCUCAGCAUGACUGCACCUUCCAUGUCGCUGUUGAGCCUCGACGAAUAUUGUUUGGCGAAUAUAUUCAAAUAUCUCGUGCUGGAUGAGUUAAUGGUGCUGUUGGGUAAAGUUCAUCCGCGCAUCGACAACGCUAUUCAACGGCAGCUGCGCAAAUACCGUAACUUUGAAUUUUCGAUGCGUUUUCCGCCUCAAUAUGAAACAGACCAACUUCGCAUGCUUGGCAAAUACAUCCAAUAUAUCAACAUAAAUGUGGGAUACUCCAUAGACCAGGAGGAUGUGUUAGCCAUUCUUCGACCCCUCUGUAUGGGCGCUAAGGAAAGUAGACGUAUCAAGGGACUCAAAAUACAACAUGCCAAAAUAACGAUGGAGUAUAUGGACGUAAUCCGCCUGGUGGCUCCUCUGCUGCUCGAAUUGGAUCUUCGUUGCUGUGACGUAGAGGACUCUGAUCAAUUGUCGCUGCUAUUAAAUUCGGCAACACAACUGAAGAUGCUGGCACUAAACAACAAGGAUGUGAUAGGUCUGGAAGCAACGCUGCUUAGUCGGCUGCGCAUCUUACAAAUUAAUUGGGUAGUGGGAUCAAAUCUUUCGUACGUCACUACAAUCAGCCAUCUAUUUCCAUUACUGAAAGUUGCUGUAUACCAGGGUAAUUUAGGGGCCCUAUAUUUGCCCUAAUAAACGUAUAAGUGCGGAAGUAUAAAAAUUUA